AAAUUAACCCUAAUGAGUCCGACAUGAAGUCAUUUAAGCCUGAUUCAAUUCAAGAAUUAAAAGGCCCAAUAUCAAAGAACUCGGCACUCACCGUCGCCCGUCCGCCCGCCGCCCACCGCCCACUGCCCAGCCCAACCAUCUCGCCUCAAAGAGAAUUCAAGUCCUUCUCUCAUUUACUCGACGGUUUUGAGCAUCAAAGUAGGCGAUAUACGAGGCGAAAUAAGUGAGCGAUCGUGUUGAAUUUCUGCUACUUUUAUUGGCUGCUGAAAUGGAUACCGUACCGGAAAACAUCCUUCAGCGUUUUUUUGUUGCUGCAAAUUGCUCUACAUUAGAUAAAUCUUUGGAGAAUCUUAUAGAAUUUGCUAGAACUAGUGACGGUCGAUCUGAUCUCGCUUCGAAGAAUAUGCUCACCACAACGCUUAACCUCUGCCAGUCACUAUCAUAUCCGUCUUGCGGUGGUACUCUUUUAUUAGCCCUUAAACUCAUCAGAAACUUAUGUGCCGGAGAACCGCGAAACCAGAAUUCAUUCAUCGAACAAAACGGAGUCAAUAUAGUUGCUGAUAUAAUCAGCGCUAAAGAACUUGUUAAAGAUUCGAAUUACGGGAUGAUUCGGAUGGGGUUGCAAGUUCUCGCGAACGUUUCUUUGGCUGGGAGAGAACAUCAGAUUGUUGUUUGGAAGCGUGUUUAUUCUACGGAGUUUGUUGAGAUUGCCAAGAUUAGAAGAAAAGAGACGUGCGACCCGUUGUGUAUGAUCGUUUAUGCUUGUGUUGAAGAGAAUCACGAACUGCUUGACCAGUUAUGUUCUGAUCAUGCUUUGCCUCUUCUAGUCGAAAUUGUUUAUACUGCUUUGGCAGUUCCGUUAGAAGAAGAUUGGCUGAGGCUGAUUCUUACAAAAGCUUGCAUCGAAGAAUCGUACUUCACACCCGUCUUUUCAAAAUUACAACAUGAAACUAGUGAUCGCAAUUCACCCGAAAUGCAUACAUACACACAAGCACAAUCAUUUUUAUUAAGCAUCCUUUCCGAGAUGGUAAACGAGCAAAUCGAACACAUUACACUUUCCAACGUUUUCGCUCUCGAUGUUUUCAACAUUCUAAAAACCACUCUCGGCGUUCUUAAUUGCGUUUCGCGACCAGAAUCAACUCUUCCAACGAGUUUUCCCGACAUUAAUGUUCUUGGUUAUUCUCUCUGCAUAUUAAGAGACAUCUGUGCAUUUGAUGGUCACAUGGAUAUCGUUGAUUCUUUACUAUCACUAGGGCUAAUCCAAACGCUUAUAGAUUUACUUCGUGAUCUUGAGCCACCUUCGAUAAUUAGGAAAACGUUAAAUCGUGCGGAGAAUCAAGAUUCCACAACUUAUUCGGGUAAGUUAUGCCCGUAUAAAGGGUUUCGUAGCGACAUUGUUGCAGUUAUUGGGAACUGUGCUUAUAAAAGGAAACAAGUUCAAGACGAGAUACGGGACAGAAACGGGAUUCUUUUAAUGUUGCAACAAUGUGUUACGGAUGAUGAAAAUCCGUUCUUGCGUGAGUGGGGUAUAUGGGGUGUGAGGAAUUUAUUAGAAGGGAAUUUAGAAAAUCAAAAGGUGGUUAGUGAUUUGGAAAUUCAGGGUUCGGUCAACUUGUCGGAGUUGACCACACUUGGGCUAAGAGUGGAUGUGGAUCAGCAGACUCGACGUGCAAAGCUUGUAAACACCACAGGUUGAAGAUUUUGACCAGGUGGCUGAAGUUGUAAGAAGCUAAGAACUUUUAAUCUGUUAAGGCCUAUUUUGAGGCAUGGUCGAUUUACAAGGGUCGUGGAGAAAGUAUUCUUUAUACUAACAUCUGUCGUGUAUUCUUAUAAAGAUUUUGUUUUUGGCACGACGUGAUGAUAAUUUCUACUCGUUUAUAGAGAACGAGUUAAUCCGGUUUGUAUUUUAAUUGAUAAAGCAAAUAGGUUAAAAAUACUUCGUUUGUUCUAUUAAA